AUGGCGGCGCGCAGCGGGAAAAUCCCCCAACUGCAGCACCCCAGCCCGCCCUGCUCCUUCAGACUGUUCCAUAGACGGAGCAGACAUCAAAACACUCCUCUCACAACUGCUAUUCAAAUGAGACCUGGAAGGAAUGUUUUCCAAAAUGGAGAAGACCUUUGGGGACAAGUUAGCAAUGCUCCACGAGGAG